AGAGAGCUGGGAGGAGGAGGCGGAGGCGGAGGCGCUCACUCACACCUGACUUCUGCUCAGUUUGAACUCCACAAACUACCUGCGCUCCCACUUUCGGCAUAUGGAGCUCCGCGUCGGGCAGUGGAGGCUCUAAUUUCUACUGUUCUGUGGGGCGACAACUUGCAGUUUCAGGUUUCUCGAACGGCGGAUAGCAUCCUGUGGAGGAGGAGGGCUAUGGCAUUCUGAAUCUGCUUGGCCAGCAUGCAAACUGUAACAGGUUCAGAUCAGCAACCUGUCAUCACCUCUCCACUCAAGUCUGUGUGCAGAAGCACUUCUGUCCCUUCGUGCUCUCAGAAUCACUUCGGCAGCCACACAAAAACAUCCAGGGACCACAGGCUGUAAGAUUAGAGAGAAGGAUGGGGUCAUCAGUUGUCCGUCUGGCUUGGUUCCUCGUUCUCGGCUUCACCACUAGUGCAUUAAGUCUCAACCCUGAUGACCCCAAUGUCUGCAGCCACUGGGAGAGCUAUGCAGUGACCGUCCAGGAGUCCUACGCUCACCCAUUUGACCAGAUCUAUUACACAAGAUGCACAGACAUCCUAAACUGGUUUAAAUGCACCAGGCAUAGGAUCAGCUAUAAGACGGCUUACCGGCGGGGAGUAAGGACCAUGUAUAGGCGCCGCUCACAGUGUUGCCCUGGUUACUUUGAAAGCGGAGACUUGUGUGUUCCUCUGUGUACGGAGGAGUGCAUGCACGGUCGCUGCAUCUCUCCUGACACAUGCCAGUGCGAGCCUGGAUGGGGUGGACUGGACUGCUCCAGUGCAAGCACAGCCAAUGGAACAGGCUGUGAGAGUGACUUCUGGGGACCUCACUGCAGUAAUCGUUGCCAGUGCCGAAAUGGGGCUAAGUGUAACCCUAUAACAGGGGCUUGUGUGUGCACGGAUGGGUACCAGGGGUGGCGUUGCGAGGACCUGUGUGAGAACGGUUACUAUGGCAAGGGUUGUCUGCUGCCCUGCCAGUGUCUCAAUGGUGCCACGUGUGACCAUGAGACAGGAGAGUGCAUCUGUGCGUCAGGAUACACAGGAGCUUUCUGCGGGGAGCGGUGCCCCUCCGGCAGCCACGGACCGCAGUGUGAGCAGCGCUGCCCCUGUCAAAAUGGAGGAACAUGUCACCACAUUACCGGAGACUGUUCCUGCCCUGCUGGUUGGACGGGUUCGGUGUGCGCUCAGCCCUGCCCUCUGGGCAAAUACGGCAUCAACUGCAGCAAAGACUGUUCGUGUCGCAACGGCGGUCUGUGCGACCGUGUCACUGGAAUGUGCCAGUGUACAGCUGGAUUCAGUGGACGCAGAUGUCAAGAAGACUGUCCGGUGGGCACCUAUGGUCCACAGUGCAACCAAAGGUGUGAGUGUCAGAACGGUGCGAAGUGUCACCACAUCAACGGCGCUUGUCUGUGUGAAACAGGCUUUAAAGGCCCUAAUUGUCAAGAGAGAUUCUGUCCUUCGGGCCUUUACGGCCUCAUCUGUGACAAGUACUGCCCUUGUAAUACCACCAAUACUGUCAGCUGCCACCCACUAUCUGGUGAGUGCACAUGCUCACCAGGGUGGGCAGGGCUUUACUGCAAUGAGACCUGCCCUCCUGGAUUCUACGGAGAAGGAUGCUUUCUGCCUUGCAGCUGCACCAAUGGAGCUGACUGUCAUCCUGUCACAGGGAUCUGUACCUGCGCUCCUGGCUUCAUGGGUGAGGACUGUGCUACAGUGUGUCCACCUGGUGUAUUUGGGCCAAGCUGCAUGUCCACCUGCUCCUGUCACAACCAAGCAUCUUGCUCUCCGGUCGACGGCUCCUGCAUCUGCAGAGAAGGCUGGCAGGGUGUGGACUGCUCCAUUCCUUGCUCCAGCGGUACGUGGGGUCUGGGCUGUAACCAGACAUGCUUAUGCAGCAACGGCGCUGCAUGUGACCCCGUGGACGGCACCUGUGCUUGUUCUCCUGGCUGGAGAGGGGAGCACUGUCACGAGUCCUGCCCUGACGGCACCUAUGGGCUGGACUGCCGUGAGCGGUGCGAUUGUAGUCACGCUGAUGGCUGCGACCCUGUGAGUGGCUUCUGUCGCUGCUACCCAGGAUGGACCGGAAUCCACUGCGAUAACGUGUGCCCACAAGGCUUCUGGGGACCCAACUGUUCAGUCAGCUGUUCCUGUCAGAACGGAGGGUCCUGCUCUCCCGAGGACGGCACAUGUGUGUGCGCACCUGGAUACAGAGGGACUUCGUGCAAAAGAAUCUGCUCUCCGGGGUUCUAUGGGCACCGCUGCAGCCAGACGUGUCCGCAGUGCGUGCACAGCAUCGGCCCGUGCCAUCAUGUCACCGGCCACUGUGAGUGCCUCUCUGGCUUCACGGGCUCCCUGUGCAACCAAGUCUGUCCGAGCGGCAGGUACGGUAGGGCUUGCUCAGAGAUCUGCCUCUGCACCAACAACGGCACCUGCAACCCCAUCGACGGCUCCUGCCAGUGUUUCCCCGGCUGGACCGGAGAUGAUUGCUCGCAGGCGUGUCCCUCUGGGCACUGGGGUCCUGAUUGUCUCAACUCGUGUAACUGUCACAACGGAGCCCAGUGCAGUGCCUAUGAUGGGGAGUGCAGGUGCAGCCCUGGCUGGACUGGUCUCUACUGCACACAGCGUUGUCCUUCAGGUUUCUACGGAAAAGACUGCUCUGAAGUCUGCCGCUGCCAGAACGGCGCCGACUGCGACCACAUCUCGGGCCAGUGUGUUUGCCGAACGGGCUUCAUCGGGACGGGCUGCGAGCAGAAGUGUCCUGCUGGUACAUUUGGAUAUGGCUGCCAGCUGCUGUGCGAGUGCCUGAACAAUGCAACGUGCGACUAUGUGACUGGAACGUGCUACUGUAGCCCCGGAUACAAAGGCAUCCGCUGCGAUCAAGCAGCUCUGAUGAUGGAAGAGCUGAACCCGUACACCAAGAUAAGCCCGGCACGUGGUUCAGAGCGGCAGUCUGCGGGGGCUGUCAUGGGCAUCAUCUUUCUGCUUCUCAUCCUCAUGGCCAUGCUUAGUGUGUUUGUGUGGUACAGGCAGAGACAGAGGGACAAGGGCCAGGAGAUCCAGCCCAGUGUGUCCUACUCACAGGCAAUGCACAUUAACAACACUGACUACUCUCUUUCUGAGUGUGGCAGUACUGUUGCAAUGAGGACCAGCGCCUCAGAGAUCAGUCAGAACCAGAACACCACCAGCAGCACUGCCCAAUGCUUCUCCAACCCCAGUUACCCCACCGUAGCCCAGUGCAACGUGGUCUCCACCAUUUCCAGCAACCUUGACGGGACUCUGACUCUCAAAUCAAGUACCCUGAAGGGCCGAAAUGCCUCAGAAUGGAGAGCCUUCUGCAACCUUAAUGACAUAGAAGUUAAACAGAAUGAGGCACAGCCACAAAAAGCAUCGCGAAAAGAUUACAUAAAGAGCUCCAUGUGCAACAACAGCUCCUGCUCGCUGAAUAGUGAUAAUCCAUACGCCACUAUCAGAGACCCACCCGGGCUGGCGUGCAAGCACACAGAGAGCAGCUAUGUGGAGAUGAAGUCCCCCUCCCACCGUGAAGUCCCCUUUGGAGGCACCGCCACUCUCCUGGGCACCGUGAGCAGGAACCUCUAUGACGUUGAGCCCACCGUGAGUAUCCUGCAGGGACCCAACGGAAUGGCCACAGGUUUUUCCCAGGGUCCUUAUGAUCUUUCCUGUGGCAGCCACAUCCCUAGCCACUACGACAUUCUGCCCAUGCGCCACAGCCCCACACACACACCCCCGGCGCCCCCAGAAAGCCCCAGUUCCUUGCUUUAGGGUGAACAACCCUCCACCUGGCCUGGCAACCACAGGAAACCAACUUUCAGCCAAUGGCUCUCCCUUUGUCUCUGUAUGUGUUCGAUUUGGUGCUGAGAUUCUGAGAUGGAGAGACAGCCACGACUCGACUGGCUCACUUUGGCUCUCUUCCUGUGACCUUGAGGGAAAAUGAGGGGAGGAAAAAGUGUCCCACUCACCAGUGACUGUUAGCCAGUUUUAUUUUGUUGUGGAGCUGACUACUCAGACUGCUGCCUGGCCUUUAUAUGGACCUCCUGAUGUGGAACAGGGUUGUUCCGAACACUGCAGAGAGCAGGACACGUGCACUGAGUGGACAGUUUAUUUACAGGGAGAGCUGUCCUUGUGCUCAUUUUUAUCCCAUGAUAUAUGUUUAUUAUAAAAGAUCAGCAGAGUGUUUAUAAUGUCCUUCCUCCCGCCCCCAAACCAAAAUUAUUGUCCUGGAGAGAGAGAGAAGGUAGCAUAAAGAGAAGCUCUGCUCAUCGAACUCAGAAGUGAAGGAGCGUUUCCGGCGGCCUAAACGUUCGACACGGGACUGUGAAAACGAGUUUGAGCAAGCAUGGGUAAAAUAGAAAAAUUGUUGUAAUGGUUCUGUAUUCGCUGUUAUCCAGUAAUGAUCACACACAUAAUACUAAUGUAAGCUAAGUUUUGUUGUUAACGAGGCCGUGUGUAUCUGGACAUGGUUUCAGCUCGCCAGUGUUCAUGCAUUUAUUCCAUUUAUUGAGACUUUCAGACACAGAAUCGGUCUAACAUUUGACCCUUUUCUUCACAUUAAUGAAGUGCUCCAAUCUUGUGUUGUUUUCCAUGUGAAGGCUUUUUUUUUUUUUUUUUUUCUUGCAAAUGUCUUGGUUUCUGUUUUAAGGUUAUUGGAUGCUUCGAUCUUUUACGUUUUGUAUUUAUGAAGCUCUUUGCUUUACAUAUUAAUUUAUAUUAUUGAAGACUUUUUAUUAAUGUGGUUAUAAUGAUGAAAAAAAAGAUGAGCAUGAUCAGAUAAUGAUACCCACCGAUGUAGAUAACACACAAUUUAUCUUCUUGUGAGAUUAGCCGUGUCAUUUUGUGAGCUGUUUUUGAAGUCACUUAAAAUAUUCUCUGUCAAAUUGUAGAUUAAAAAUAACUUUUCAUCUGACCAAUGUAAGACCCAAAAGCAUUUACAAAGGGGAUUCAUGUGUGAUAGAAAUCUGUUUCUAAAACCUCUUUUUUAUUUUCCUAUCAGGCUAAUUAAUUCUUUUAUCUCGGAGAUUGAAUUUCCUUAAAUCCAUUCCACCCUCUGUUGAAGCAAUAACAUGUUGACAAUCGAUGCACAGACAGCGUUUCACUGGACGUCACCACAUCUACGAGCAGCAUUGUGACAGUUGAUCUCACCUCACAUGACUGUUUGUCCUACUAGGACACUUUUUUUCUAGUUGCUGUCACAUAAAUCUGGUUGUUGUUUUGGUACUUAAGUUUGUUUCCUAUUAAAUACCUCUUCUGUCACCAA